AUUACGCCAACUCAGAGAGAAGCAUUAAUUAGCUCUAUGAUUAAUUUAUCGCGAAAGCACAACAUAAAACGGGAUACGCUAUUUAUGGCUGUCAACUAUCUGGAUCGAUUCUUGAAAGUCGUAACAGUAACAGAAGAUUGCUUCGAAUUGGUUGGUCUAACGUGCAUGAUGAUUGCUUGCAAGGUCGAAGAAUGUCAGCCACCGAAAAUGGAAGAAUUCUUAACAUCAUGCACGCAUUAUUAUAAGAAAGCAGAAAUGAAACGAUUGGAAAUAAUUAUCCUCAAUUAUAUCGAUUUCCGAUUAUCACCACCAAUUGCUCCACAUUUCCUCGAGUAUAUCAUUCAUUUUCAUCAGCAUCACUAUCAUCAAUUCAGCCAGCAAACUUAUAUCGAAUUAGUAAAUAUAGCAAAUCAAGUCCUAUUAAAGAUACUACCGACUUAUCGAUUUAACCAUAUUAAAUCUUCGAUAUUAGCUGCUUCCGCCUUCGAGUAUGCUAAA